AGAAAAAAAAUGAGAUAUUUAUUUUUUUCAGGAAAAAAGCCCCAAAUAGGAUAUUAAGAAAUUAGCAGCUGAUUGCUAUAUAACAAAUUAAAUCAAAUACUUUUGAAUUCAAUUUAUUUUUAAUUAUGUCUCUUUCCUUUUGCAGAAACAGAAUACAGGGGGGUUCUUGGCUUGUGAUCACUCAUUUAGUGACCAUUCAAACCUGCAAUAGCAUCGAGCAAGGGGGACUUACAUGUCCUCAGAGUUUCAGCUGUUUGUAGCAUCCUCACAUUCACAUUCACAUGAUAUGGGUAUUCAGUACCCAGCUCAUGAUUCCAAUACUGCACUGAGCUACAGUCACAUGAUCAUACUUUCCAACGCUCCCUAUUGGUUUUCCACAAGCAAAAUCAAUGAAGAAAUUGGUAGGAAGUCGGAAAUUGUGGUCACAUGUGAUCCUUGCUUAACUUCCUACACGGUCCUCACUUAUCAACAACAAUGUGAACUGCUAGGACUCUCAUUGAUAAGCAAUGCUAUCCCAUGAUGUCACAUUUUAUCACCAUGUCACUUAGUGGCAGCAGUUCUCGUCCAAUUGCUGUUGUAACCCAAGGACUACUUGUAGACUUUUUUUACAUAUUAAUAACAUGAACAUGUGUUAAAAGAGCAUUUAAAACUGCUGGCUUUGAGUUUCAGAUUAUGCUAUUUACUAGGUUUAUCCUGAUGGUUGUGUAGCAUUUCAGAUCCAAAAGCAAAAGAUUGUUUCAGAACACAUAGCAUCAAUCACACUCCCUCAGUCCAACCCACCUCACAGAGUUGUUAUAAUGGAAAAAGGAGGAGGAGGAAGGACUAUUACGUAAUAUGUUUGCCAACUUGAGUUAUUUAUUUAAAAAAUAACAAAGGUGGGAUAAAAAUAAAUAAACCAGCAUGCAACUUGUUAAAUCACAUGAAUAUUUUCCGUGGGAUUCUUCCAUUGUUAAAUAGGGCAAUUGCACUAUUCUGGGAAAAGACAGUUGUUCAGGCACUGUAGAUUGAUGUUAUACAAGCACACCAAUGCAUUCCAAAACACUUUUUUUCUUCAAAUCUGAAACAUUGCAUAGCUUUCGUCACAUAGGCCCAGAGAGCUGAAUCAUCUGGGAAGUGAGGCUAAUUGAUCUGGGUUUCAGUGCUAUAAAUUCACAUUGAUAUUUUACAGUUCAAUUCAUGCUCAAGGAACUGGUUUUGGAAAUGAUACUGCACAGUGUGAAAAACAGUUUAAAAGCAAACAACUUGAUUAGUCUAACUUGUCCAAAACAAGGAGCAUUUGGAAUUUCCCGUCCAACUCCUCCUGGAUAACAACAAACCUGUUAUUAGUUAUAUUACAGGAAACCCUAAUUUAACUACCCUGAGUAGACUGGCAACUCCAUCGUUAAGCAACUUGGUCAUUAAGUGAAAACAUGACUGCUCAGCUUCGCUAUGGCAGUUAUGGCAAUCUCAGUUGCUUUUGUUCAAUGAAUCGCAUGCGGUCAUUAGAAGAGGACCCACCCAUAUCCAAGCACUUCUUGGAAGAAGCAAAUCUGCAUUCUCCUGUUAGGGAAGGAGAUACCUGUAGUUCAUGGAACCUCAAGGAAUUGUCAAAGCUUUUCGCAAACGAAAGAAGUUGAGAGAUGAGGUACACUCUACACCUUUAAAGAUUUGGAAAGAAGAAACCAAGAAUCAGCAAGGGUGGUUGGAGCCAAUCACAGCUUAUGUGUUGCAAGCAGGAAUUGGCCAGGCCAGGGCUGAGAUCUUCUGUAAGCAGAUCAUCCACAAUGGAGGACACAUCUGCAGCCAGUUCUCCCCAGAUGUGACACAUGUAAUAGUAGAUGAAGACAUGGAUUUUGAUCGGGCUUUUCGGCUCCUCAAACUCAAAAAGUUACCUCAGGGAUUGCAACUAGUUAAGGCAUCAUGGCUGAGUUCUUGUAUUACAGCACAGCAGAUCUUGGACACUACGGACUAUAGACUCAUCGUCCCAGAGAAAUAUCUGGAUAGGACCAGCUUUUCAGUGGAAUACCCACCAUUACUGAACGAAGAUAAGGUUCACCCCAAAGCAGAGAACACAGUUAUGGAACUGAAAAAAGAAUCAAACACUGAGAUCAGGUCUUUCUGUGAUACUGUACAGAGGACGUUAGAUGAUGAAGAAAUUGAAGAGGACAAAGCUGUUGUCACUCUGGAAGAACUGAAAGCGCUGAAGUCAGGCCAAGACCUGAACAUUUUGUCAGAAGGCUCGUCGGCAUGCCGUUCCCCUGGCAAGUGGGUUUGUGCUCAAUCUUCUGAAAGCAAGAAAAUUAAUCAUAAUCAGUGCAUUACAGAGAAGCUGGAAGUGCUGGCUAAAGCCUACUCUGUCCAAGGAGACAAGUGGAGGGGUCUAGGUUACACGAAAGCUAUUAAUGCACUCAAGAGUUAUCAUAAGCCUGUCACAUCUUAUCAGGAAGCCUGUAAGAUUCCCGGAAUUGGAAAACAGAUGGCAGAAAAGAUCGUAGAAAUCCUGGAGAGUGGGCACCUUCGAAAACUAGACCACAUCAGUGACAAUGUCUCAGUGCUAGAACUAUUUUCCAAUAUAUGGGGAGCAGGAGUAAAGACUAGCCAGAUGUGGUACCAGCAGGGUUUUCGCACUCUGGAUGACAUCCGCACUAGGGCCUCUCUCACCAGCCAGCAAGUUAUCGGCCUUAAGUAUUAUGAGGACUUCUUGGAACGCAUGCCACGGCAAGAAGCUGCUGAAAUUGAACAGACUGUUAGAGAAGCAGCUCAAUCUAUUAUACCUGAACUAAUGUGUAUAGCAUGUGGCUCUUUCCGGCGUGGAAAACCCACUUGUGGAGAUGUGGAUGUAUUGGUGACUCAUCCUGAUGGACACUCCCACCAAGGAGUAUUUAACAAACUGCUCAACAUUCUUCAUAAAAGUGGCUUUCUCACGGAUGACUUGGUGAAUCAGGAAGACAAUGAAAGCCAGCAGAAAUAUCUCGGAGUCUGCCGUUUGCCAGGCCGAGACAGACGCCACAGGCGCCUCGACAUCAUUGUGGUGCCCUACAGAGAGUUUGCCUGUGCUUUGUUGUACUUCACUGGCUCAGCCCACUUCAAUCGUUCCAUGCGAGCCCUGGCCAAGACUAAAGACAUGAGUCUGUCAGAGCAUGCCCUCUGCAGCGGCGUAGUGCGAGGAUCAGAUGGCCUCAAAACUGGAUCUGGGAUUGUCCUGUCCACACCUACUGAGAAGGAUGUGUUUGCUCAUCUGGGGUUGCCUUACCGGGAGCCAUAUGAGAGGGACUGGUAAAGGCAAGAGAAGAGUUAGCCCCAGUUAGCUUCAGGGAGAUACGGGGACUUGCAUGAGAUUUUUAAACAUAUACUGUAUAUCCUUUGCUUGUUUUCCUUGAGGCAUAUUUGCAAAGCAACGGACUUGAUGAGCAGUUUAUUGUUUUCCCCCAUUGGCUGUGAAAAUCUCAAAAUUUUUAAAAACAUUUUAUUAGUUUUGAAAGAUAUCACUGAAAGGAAAAAACUAUGAACAAAUCAACUCAUUCAGUUAUCAAUUCCAAGAAUGAGAGACGAUGAUUGUAAAUCAUUUUUGCACAUUAAAAAAACAAUCAAUGUAUACUUAGGACAAAUAGGAAAUGUGCAAAAUUUAGCUUAAUUUUCAAGACAUGAAUUGCAGGGUUAUCCUUACAGUAUUUUGGAGAUCUAUGGGAAAGACCACUUCAGAAGACUAUAUGUUGCCUGGAGGACUUCGGGCUAAUUACACUCUCAACCUAAUCUACUUCAUAGGGCUGUUGUAAGAAAAAUAGGCAAGAGCUUAAUGUACAUCAUCUAGAAUUGUACAAAAUAAAGAUUGGGUGUAAAGCUAAAAAUUUUAAAAAUGCCCGGGCUGAAGGACAGAACUUCCUCUUUUUGUCACCAAGUUGCUUUCUUGCAGGCUGCUAAAAAAUUUGAUAAUUUUCAGAUGCUUGAAACUAGGCAGAAGGUUGCAUGAAAUUAGGCCAAGAAUCAAAUAUGGUUCUGGAGCUGCAUUUGAUCUAUGGAAAGAAAGGGUGAUUCAUUAUUUGCACUACAUAAUUCAUUUCUUAUUAAUUAACCUAUGUUCUGUUUUAAGGAAUAUAUUCAAAUAGUAAUAAUAUCAUUGAAAUAGAUUUCUGUGUUGCAGAGUACAUAUUAAUCAUAAAGAUUGAUGUGAUACCAGAUGUUGGAACUUUGAUCUCUAGAAUUUCCUUGAGGUCAAAGAUAGGAGACUAAAUUAAGUGAACAUUGCAGCAAGUUAGGUCUUGUUUGUCUGCUUAGGUAAAUUUUUAGCAUCAAGAAAAAUGGCAGAAAUUUACAGGUAGUCCUCUUUUAGCAAUCACAAUUGGGACUGCUUAACUCGGUUCUUAAGCAGUCACCAAGUAAAUGAUCUUACUUCAAAUUUCCUUUGCUUUGUUGACCUGGGAGGAUUGGUUGCAAAGUUACUUUUUCAUCACUGUCCUAACUUCAAACAUUUACUAUACAAGGCAGUCACCAAAUGUAUUUUUCUCUGAUUGUUAAAUAAGGAUAGAACUAUAUUUUAGAUUAGGUUUCCUAAAUUCUCUGACAAAUAGACUCAUUCGUUAAUUAUAGGUAUGUAAAUUAGCUGAGUGCUAGAUCCUUCUCCCAAGAAAAGUUAUCCAGACAAACAUAGAACUAUGAUUUUUUUAAAGGUAUAACUUAUAAUAUGCCUUAAAACUGCCUUCAUUCCUUUAUGGACUAGAAACUUGCCAUUUCCUUUUACUUUUCUAAUUUUUAAUGGUAUUACAGUUCUUUAAUAUUUCUUUCUUCUUUUCGAUUAGAUAGAAUGAAAACAGCUAAAUAGGUGUUAUUGUGAGUAAAGACAAUGUCAUAGUAUUUUAGCAAACUGCACUAUAGAAUCAAAAGUAUUUGUUUAUCUUGCUGAAUAUUGUCUAUUCUGAGUAACAGUAGCAAUCUAAAAUCUUGUGUGGCUGUUUUUUUCAUCAUAUGCUGGUGGAUAAAGGCUGAUGACUAUCUGAGUACAAAUAGGCUAUUUCAUUGAAUUGAGACCCCUCCCUAGUUUCCAUUUUACCUUGGACUAUUUUAGCAUAAGCUUGGACUAAUUGUCUUUUCCAGCAUUUUGCCAUUCUGUUUUUAUGAUGUCCAGCCUUUUUACUUUAAAGACUCCUAGAGAAUUUCUUUGUGUUUGAUUUAAUGUUUUGUGGUAACUUGAUAAUUUAAUGAUAAAUGCAGAAAGAGGUAGGGAUUAUUAACUAGACUAGACUAGACUAGACUAGACUAGACUAGAAUAGAAUAGAAUAGAAUAGAAUAGAAUAGAAUAGAAUAGAAUAGAAUAGAAUUUUUUAUUGGCCAAGUGUGAUUGGACACACAAGGAAUUUGUCUUGGUGCUUACGCUCUAAGCUCUCAACUAAAAGCUGCAUGUUGACUCUGAGUAAAGUGUGGAGUUUUUGAAAAAAGCAGGUGCAAAGAAGGGAAAGUUAAAGAGUGAGUGUGGAACGUUUUGGUUUGCCUGAGCUGCAUUGAGUGAAGAGAAAUUAUCUUGGGCCACAUAUACAAUAUAUAAUAUAAUAAAUGUAUAUAAAUCAUAUAAUGAUAAAAGUUUACAACCUUGCGGGGCCACUUUACUAGCUGUCUAGGCUAGGACCUCAUAUGGCCUGCAGGUUGUGGACUGGAUACACCUGACUUGACAGGUGCAUGCUUCUUGGUUUGGCAAAAAGACUGAAAGGUACUGUGCGUUACUUGUAAAAUACAUCUUCUCAAGACUAAACAAGAGACUUGGAAGAUGAAAAACAAGAGAUUUUAUGCCACAGUUGCACUAAUUCCAAUUACUAUUUCUUUGCAACUGUAUACUGUACAUGAACCAGUUGAGGACUGAUGGUACGGAUCAUAAUUGAAAAAGUAGCCUGCUUUUAAAGGGUUUGUCCUCUAGGUUGUAGUGAUACUUUUUAGGAGAUAACCUCAGUUGAAUGUGUUGGUUAUUGUGUGAAUUGAAAGACAAUACUUGACCCACUCAAAGGUAAGACUAGAUGAUCUUAUUGAAGGUAAUGAUUUUUCUCUCUCUCUCUACCACCCCUUUUCUCUUGAUCUGAGUUCAGAAGGAAUAACUCUUGUUCUACCUUUUGUACUGGUGACAGGGAGCCACAAUUCACACCCAGGUACUAACAAUAGCUCUAAAUCAUCAAAGCUUCUAAACCCCCACAGUGAAUGAUUUUUUACAAAUAACUGGAAUCAGCGGUUGGGCAACCAGGCGGUGAGUCAAAUGAAGGGUUGGGGUCUGUGGCCUGCUUAUAGCUUUCGUAGACUUCAGUGAAGCCUCAGUCCUCAAUUUUAUGAGGGGUCUCAAUUCAACUCUGAUGGCUGCAAUCCUCUUUUAUAAUGGAUUCUUGUUGGCAAGAGAUUUGACCUGAAUUCUGUGAGAAAAUUCACAGUGGUGGAUCACACAUAGUUGUCAAGUAAUUAGCCACUAGUUGCAUUUUCACUGUAUCAUCAACUUUUUCUCCUUAAGUUGUAAACUCUGCUAUAGAAUAGCCCCAUUAGUUUUAUCCUAAGAAGUAUAUGCGAGGCCUAGAUUUUAGGAAUCAGGUGUUCAGAUCUUUCACUUAACCAUGAAACCCAUUGAAUAACCACACUCUCACUCAAAACACGCAGGGUUGUUAUGUGGCUCUUCUAAUACUAUGAUAUCCUGCUUUAAUAUGUAUCAAUAAAAUUUUACAUUUUAUGUUUGACCUGUUGUGUUCCAGAAGGCUCCAUUUUAUUCCUUGUGCUGUUGAGUAUUUAUAUGAAAACCUGAGAUGUUUUCCUGAGUUUUGCAGUGAGAUACAUCAGUAAAGUCUCAACCUCACUGCUCCUUGCCAUCUCACUCCAAGGAUUCGGCCAAUUUUCUGAAUUUUUUCACUUCACUGAAUCAUAAACUGAUCAGACUAAAUUGGUCCAACUCACUGACAACACAGACAACCAGGGCUUGUGUAAACUAGGUCUUUAACUAACCUAGUGAAACAUGGCACAAAUGCAUCCAAGCACUGGUAGUGAGGAGAGAAGCAAUGGCUCCAUGGGAGAGGAAGAGAGGGGAGCAUCUUUUUGUGUCUGGCAACAAGAAGGAAAUUGUUUUACUGAUAGGCUAUUCUACCCUUGCUUUCACCCAUAAUCUUUAGAAAGAGAAAUCCUUUUGACACUUAAUUUCCAUAAGCAUUUUGUUGGUACAGGUUGUAUUUCAGUCUUCGGCAUUGUGGCCCAUUACAUUUAUAAGGAGAGCCUUAUGAAUUUUGUGUAGUGGUUAAGCGUUAGGCUGGAAGCUGGGGUAUUUUGAAUUCUAGUCUCAUUUUAGUCAUGAAGAAUUGGGUGCCCUUGGCCAGUCACUCUCUUGCAGCUCUAAGAAGCAGGCAAUGGCAAACCACUUCCAACAUCUUGACAACAAAACUGCAGGGAGUUGCCUGCAGUUGCCAAGAGUCAACACUAUCGAGGCACGUGUGCAAGUACACACACGCACACACACGCACACAGAGUCAAGUAAACCAAGAUUGGUGUAAGCUGCUUUAGAACUGGAAGUCUAUACACCUCAGGCAGUCACUGAAACCUUUUUUGCAAACAUUCUGGCUCCCAAGAUCAUUUUGCUGAAAUUCUGUAGCCGUUCUGUCAAGCAAAAGCAGCAUCCUUUCUCAUGAAUUUUCAGUGGGAAAAAAAAGAAAAUUAGGAUAUUAUGUUUAAGUUGGUUUUUCAGUUAGAUUAAUUAAACAUCUUUUAAAGUGGGAAAUCUCCUGUCUGUUUUGAGAUUGCCUUUAAUAAUAAAGUGGAAUAGAAAUUUUAUAAAAACUUCCCAAAAGAGAAAAAUUGCUCCCCCCUCCCUCCAUUCCUUACAUUUAUUUAGUACACUGAUGUUAGGCAAGCUGUGAUUUAAAUAUUUCUAACAACAAAACAACACCUAGAAACAAUACGGUUAGAAUAAUAUCGUAUUGAAUAAGUGAUUUGGGAUUGAUUGAGAACCAAGUACAGGACCCAAAAAUAUCCUCACCCAUGAGGUUCAGUUUGAACUGGGAGAAUUGAAGUUCAGCACUCCAGUUCUCUAACUAGAAAACUGAAAGUGUAUUCUUUUAAAAACUUUACUAACACAUACAAACAAAAUAAGAAAAAAAUGCAACAACUCUUAAAUUGGAGGAAUGCUUUGUUUUCUUAUCUAGUUCUGACCAUGAAUGUUCUCUAAAGUGAGGGUGUCCUCUUGUGGUCUCUUAUGGUAUAUCAUUUUGACCAACCAAAAAAAAUGUAAUCCACUAAUCAUAAACUAUUUUCUCCAAGAGGGAUCUAGUGGUUAUUUUCAUUAAUGCAAUUGUAAAGUUCUACUCUUAUGUAGCAAAUUUUUUUGGUAAGAGAAUAAUUCUGAUAGGAAACAGAUAAUAUUGUUUAUCAAUUUACAGUAGUGGCCAAAAUUGUGGAAACCUUUUGGGAAAAGUGUAUUUUUGAGGUUUGAUGGCUAAUAACACCACAGGUUUUUUUUUUUGGAGUUUCAAGAUAAUCAUAUUCUACUGCUGGAAUAGCCUGGGAAUAGCCUAGACCUUAACCCAACUGAAAAUUUAUGGAGCAGACUAAAGAAAUUUGUUCAUCAGAAGCGACCCAGCAAUAAAACCCAGUUAAUAGAAGCAAUCAUUCAAUCUUGGUUUCACAUAACAGCUACAGAACUAAAAGACUUGGUUCACUCCAUGGGAAGAUGUUGUAAGGCCAUAAUUCAUGUUAAAGGUUACCCAACUAAAUGUUAACUGACGUGAUAAUUUUUGUAUAGCUUGUUUUUUUUAUGGUGAUAAUUUUUGUAUAUCUUAUUUUUUCUAUGUCUUUCACUUUUCUUUAUACUGUAACUGCUAUUCUAAUAGCAAUAGUCCUUCAUAAAAGUUAUUGCAUUACGUUCUUGAUUAAAUUAUCUUUCUAUUGAUAUAUAAUUUAUGGUACUACUCUCCCCCCCAAAAAAGUGGUGUUUUAGAAAAAGCUAGUUUUAGAAAAUACUUUCCCCAAAAGGUUUCCACAAUUGUGGCCACUACUGUACCUAUGUUUACCCUUAUUCUCCCUGGAUAUUUAUAAAUACUUCAAUCAAUCUUUGUUCACAAUAAAUAGGCCUUUCGGUUUUUUCUUUGUCUUGUAUUCCAUUUUACCUCUGAAUAAUUUUUAAAAUGUCUAUAUCUAUUCACAACAUAGCUAUCAAAGCCCAGUGCUUCAUUUCCCC